AUGUCCAAAUUAUCAACCUUUCUCUCCAUUCUACUCUUUUCCAUUCUCCUGUUCUUCCCCGUUCCAACUACUCCCUCAAAGACUAUAAUCGACAUUCUAUCUGAACACCCCGAAUGCAGGAACACUAUCCGUGCUUUACAACGGGCCCAACUCAUUCGAGUGAUAAACCGUCUUAAAGAUGUUACGUUAUUUUGUCCAACAAAUUCUGCUUACAAAGGUGACUAUGAGGACCCUACCGAUGUUAGUCGUGAGUUAAUGCUAUAUCAUCUCGCCAAUGCAACGUUCAAGAGAGAGAAGCUGAUUAGUGGCAAGUUACUUGAAACAAAGCUGGUGAAAGAUAAAUUGUUGGGAGAGGGAGAUAUUGGACAGAGGAUUAGGAUUGAUACAGAAUCUAAUGACAUAUUUGUGGGAAAUGCGAGACUCGAAAGUAAAGAGGAUCUGGUAGCAACGAACGGCAUGGUGCAUGUAAUAAGCGAUAUAUUGUCUCCGCCAACAAACAUCCUUGCUACUCUCCGUUUAAUAGAAGAAUUAUCCCUCUUUUUUGAAUAUAUUCACUUUAACGGACUGGAACACAAGCUAGCCACAGGACAUCAUUUGACAAUUUUUGCGCCGACGAACGAUGGGUUUACUCGUCAAUUCAAGAAACAUGAGAGAGAUUAUUUGACUGGCACUUGCGAUCCUGCGAGUACGGAUUUGGGUUUUCUAUUAACGCAUCACUUGCACAAUGGGGUCAAAUAUUCGGAAGAUGUUAGUUAUGGGUCGUCGCAUUUGCCCACUUUACAGGGAGAGCCUUUGAAGCUGGAGAAAACUUCUGAAGGCAAUAUUACAGUCGAGCACGGCAUUGUCACUUUCAAAGAUUUGUUGGCUGAAAACGGCGUCAUUCACAUAAUAAAUGCUGUGUCGUCUCCAGUUGCCUUACAUUUUACAAUUCUCAAGUAUCUCUGUGGAUUAGGCGCAAUUAAGUUUAAGGAUAAACUUCUUGCCUUUGGUCUUCAAUACUAUAUCGACGAUCCGCCAGCACCUUACACGAUCCUCGCGCCACCGGACUCUCACUUUGAUCUGUCUAAUGAUGACGGGGAUCGUGGAAUAGAUUCUCUGCUGCUGAAAUAUCACAUUUUCCCCGGAAAGUGGGAGGUGCCCGAUUUGAAGACAGGAAUGUUGGUGAGAAGCGAGAUGAAGUCCGAACAGCUAGGCGGGCAGAAACAAAGGGUGAAAGUAUCAAUAAACAAUGGGUGGUAUGAUGAGGGGACGCCAAGAGAGACGAGUCGGCAGAUUAAAUUUAAUGAUGCGACUGUUAUCGGAGAACCCAUUGAGAUUGGCAAUUCCAUCAUUUAUCUUAUUGAUCAGGUUAUGGAAACUCCGGGAUCUGUUAUUGAUCAUUUAUCACCCAAUCGAUAUCUCUCUGUUUUCUACUCUUUUCUCAAUGCAAGUGAGAUACUCGAGACUGUCAACUCCAUUCCAAGAGUAACACUUUUCGCCCCAAAUAAUACUGCAUUCAGUAAACUCGGCCUCGUCAAAGACUACCUCUUCCAUCCUACUGGCCUCAGCGAUCUCCAAUCGAUAAUGAAAUUCCAUGUGAUAAACAGGGUCUUGUAUUCAGGAGAGAUUUCCGAGGGCAGAACAAUUUAUGAAACCAUGGAUGGUUCAUUCGUGACCAUAACUAAAAAGAAUGGCAUGAUAACAUUACGAAACAAAAACAGUACAUCGCGCGUUACAGAAGCCGAUACACUAACGUCGAAUGGUGUAUUACACGUGACUGACUCUUUCGCAACGCCGUCUCACGUCAAUAUAACGAUCAGAAAAAUAUUGCAAGGCAUUGAGGCGACUACAAUGUUGAAGAUGUUCCACAAAUCCAACUUGUCAGAAGUGUUGGACAACUCGACAGACGCAUACACCGUUCUUGUACCGACCGAAGAAGCAUUUGCCAAUGCCAAACUCAACUAUACCAACCGCGAUCGCAUCGAGCGUAUACUACGUCUCCAUAUUAUACAUGAAAAUAUUCCUCAACUGAUCGAUGGAAUUGAAUUUCCAACGCUUCACUCGGAUGAUGCUAGAUUAAUACUUAAGAAGACAAUUCUUGGGAAUUAUAAAUUUGCACUCAAGGGUCCUUGGCAGAUAGAAGAGCGCGCUAGUAUUCUUAACCACGGGCGUGCUACGCAUGGGGGAGGCGUAUACUUGAUAGACAAGGUGCUGUUCCCUCAUCGCGCUACCAAUAGUGUAGGUAAGAUGUUUGUGGGAGUGUUCAUCGGGCUGGUUGCUGCGGUAUUUUUGGGAUUGGGAGGAACAUUUGGAUGGCAUGGAUGGAAUUCGUGGAGGAGGUGGAGGGAGAGGGUGCUUCCAUUUGAAGUUCUGGAUGAAGUUCCGGAUGAAGAUUCGGAUUUGGAUGAAGCUCCAGAUGAAGUUCCAAAUGAAACUACUCCAUUCUUAAGAUAA